AUGACUAGUGUUCUGCUAUCGAUAUUCCUCUCGUUGACAAGCGUUUUGCCAUCACCAACAGAAGGAAUCGCAUCAGCAACACAAGGAAUCACAUCACCAACAGAAGGAAUCACAUGGCGACGCUCAGGAACAAGAACCGGCUUCCCACUUUAUAUUAUCGUCGGUUUGCCAAGAUUUGAAGGGAACAAAGUCCGUAAUCCUUAUGGUUUAACAAUCGAUAAAGCGAAACCAGUUUUUGAUGUAGCCGUCGAAGAUGUUUAUUAUCGACAUCAAUUGCUAGAGAGUGGAUCUUUUGAAGUGAUCUUUGAAGACUCUCAAUUAAGUGAUUCAAUCGGACCACAAGUUGUCAUCGAACAUUAUGUGAAUGGUACAAUUGAUGCUGUUAUGGGUUUACCAUAUGUUUUUUCAUUAGCACCAGUUGCUCGACUAUCAACUUUUUGGCAUGGCGGUGUCCCUGUCUUUACAACGACUGGGAUGACUGAGGAAUUGGGGAAUAAAAGAGAAUUCCCAUUGCUCACAAGGAUUGUUGGAAACUAUCGCUAUAUUGGGAAGCUCGUGAAUGAUUUAUUGGUUGAGAGAGAGUGGAAAAACGUGAACUUUAUGUUCGAUGAUGUGCUUGGUGUGUCGACGACUGGGGAAAGGGAUGGCGCUCGAUCGGAGUGCUAUUUUGCGUUGAACACAAUCAAGAAUGUUAUUGGAAAACAAUUGGAGUGGACCGUGAAAAUGUUCAGCGAGAGGCUGGCAACACGCGAGAAUUAUACAAUUUUGUUGAAAGAGGUGUCGAUGAAAGCGAAUAGUGAGUUUUAUAGC